AUGCUUAAGGACCUCGAAACAAACCUACGAAGCGCUACUUGUCCUUACUUACUUCUCGAGAUUCGUCGAGAAUACUUUGUUGAAGACACGCUCCAGCAAGUAUCGCGCAAGUGGAGUGAUCUGAAGAAACCCCUGAAAAUCAAGUUUGUCGAGGGCGGUGAAGAAGGGAUGGAUCAGGGAGGUGUUCAAAAGGAGUUCUUUGGUGUGCUCUUUGAAAAACUUAUUUCUCCCGAGCUUGGUCUCUUUUUCCAGGACGAAUCCACUCGACUGUGCUGGAUACGGCCAGUGGUUAAUCCAGACAUUCGCAUGUAUGAGCUUGUAGGCGUCAUGAUGGGUCUAUCGAUCUAUAAUGGUGUCAUGAUGAAUUUACAGUUCCCAAGGGUGUUCUGGAAAGUGCUCGUGAUGCCAAGCGAAGCCUUGGUAGAUGCCUUGGCUGAACGUCAACAGCAGUUAUUUACUCUUGAGGACCUUGAAGAAGGCUGGCCUACUUUGGGACAAGGGUUACGGCAGUUACUCGAGUGGCAAGAUGGCAAUGUCGAAGACAUUUUUUGCCGAGACUAUGAGAUAUCAUAUGAAGUCUUUGGUCGUGGCGUCAUCACUCAAUCACUCAUGCGUCAUCCAGAUGAUCCAGUGGUGCCCGUGACAAAUGCGAAUAGAGAAGCAUAUGUGAAGGACUAUUGCACAUAUUUUAUGUACACUGCACAAAGAGAACAAAUACUGGCAUUACGUCGUGGUAUGUGGAGCGUGAUAGGAAGUCGAGCACUUUAUCUCUGUACAGCAGAGGAAUUAGAGAUGGUCGCCUGUGGCCAGCGACAAGGACCCGAUGCGAUUGAACUCAACAUGUCUGAACUGGAGGCUGUUGCUGAAUAUGACGAGUAUACGGCAGAUCACCCAACUAUCAGGCAGUUUUGGUCUGUGGUUCAUCAUGAUCUUACUGCUGAGCAAAAGAGACAGCUACUCUUAUUUGUGACAGCAAGUGAUCGAGUGCCUGUUGGCGGACUAAAAGAAUUGACAUUCUAUAUUCAAAGAAAUGGUCCUGAUAGUGAUAGAUUACCUACUGCACUUACAUGUUUCAGUAGACUUUUACUACCUGAGUAUUCUUGUCGAUCAAAAUUACGAGAUAGACUGAUUACUGCUAUUGAAAACACCAAAGGAUUUGGUCUUGUAUAG